AUGUCUACCUUUGCAGCCCUGAACAUAGAGGCCGAUGACUCUCCGGAGGAAGAGAUCGAUGACACUCGCGAGAUCCAGAUAGAAGAGGCCCUCAAGCUAUACCAGACUGCCCUCAAACUCCACUCGCUGGGGCCAAAGCACUACAAAGAAGCCGCAGAAGCUUAUGACGCGCUCUUCAAGUCAGAGAUAUUCAAGCUCCCGCAAUACACAGAUCUCGGAGCAGACAUAUCAGACGAUGGUUUCAUAGAAGAAGUUGACGAGCCGUCGGCCGUCUCGGUUGCUGCCGUGGAUGAGACCGAGACUGCUGCCAGUGCGCUGCCGCAAACUCUGUACCUGUCAUACAAGAAUUACGGCCAAUUCUUGCUGGACACCGUUCGACAUGCAUGGGAGCAAGGCGGAGACAUAGCUGACACCACUCCUUCCACUGAAUCAGCCAUCAGACACUUUGCGGACGCUCUGGAGCGCGAUGAUACCGAUCUUGAACUGUGGCGAAAGUGUGGUAGGGUUGGGGAUGCCCUCAGAAGUCACCGCAUCUCGAGAUUCUGCCUGGAGAGCGUUUUUGAAGGGAACGGUGAUGGUAUCGACGAUGGAUUUGAACAGCUAGGCAUUGAGCAAGCCGGUGCUGUGGGCGAUUUGCGGAAGUUUUUCACCGCUCUCCACGAUCCCCUAUCACUCGCACAGCUGCCGCAGAAACAACCAAGGAAAGCUCUGCUCAAUUUUUUGCAGCGGCAGAUAGAUCCAUUUCCGUACCUCCCUUCCGCCUUGAAGCAGCUGAACGGGGGUUCUAUAUCCUGUGGACUCGCUUUCCCUAAAAUUAAACGCCUUACUGUCACCCCCUCCGCCAACUCAUGGGCCGCUCUAGGUGAAAAGCUCCUUGAGCUUCUAAGCAAGGAUGGCUCUGAUCAGGGCACAGCCGAAGUACAGGGGAACCUGCAAAUUUGUCUAGCAGACUCGGAUAUCACGAUGGCAUCUCCUGCGGCAACUCUCCCAAUCAUCCAGGGCCGAAGGCCGUCCAAGCACAAAAGCUCUGCUUCCACCGAUAUGGGUGAAGCAGAAUCAAAACCCAAAGCGAGCACUGAAGAAGCUACUGCUAAAGAUACUGAAAUGAAGGACUCCGGCCAAGUUGAUGAAAAACCAGAACCCAAGGGCGAUGGGGAAGUGAAUGGAAAUACUGGCGAAGAUGCUCAAGAUGAUACAGCCAAAGAAAAUGAAGAUGAAAAUACCGUUGACAAGGACAAAGAGGAAGGUGAAAAAUCGAAUGAGCCCACAGAUGAUAUAGAAGCACGGCCUGGUCCUCAGACAAGAAAGCGUUCUUCAGCCUCAAUCUUCAAUGAAGAACCAACAGACGGAGUAAGGACAAAGAGCAAGCGUAUCAGGGCGCGAGAGUCGAUUGCCGACACACAGGCACAGCCAGAGGAAGUGAUUUUUGACCAGACAAGGUAUUUCGAAGAUAGGCUCGAGGUCUAUACCCACGCCGAUGAGUGGAUGUUUAGCACCGCCAACGAUCUUCUGUCAAAAUUCGGCGUUGAGGAGCUUGGAAGUAUCGAUCAAAUAAAGCAGAUUCUCGCUUCUACUGAAUCCGAUCAAGAUACCACGGAAAUAACCCCUGAAACCUUGGCCGUACGUGACUUGAGGUACAUAGUUGAGAAUUGGAGUGAUGCCUUUGGGAAAAUAGCAUUGCACAGUGACAUAUUUGCAGAUACCCAGGAUGGGUUAAAGGGCGUGAGGAAAUCCGGUCUCAGUGUUUUCCUUGAACACUCCAAACAAGUUGGCGCAAAGGCAGAACAAGAGGUAGAUUUGGUUGACAAUGACAGUUUGGAGCAGUUUGCAGAAAGCGUCAAUAGCAGCAAUCUAACUAUACAGGAGGUUGCCUUCAAGUGGCUUGAGAAGUAUCUCAAACCCGACCUACAAUCUCUCGGACACGACAUAUCCACUGUCACGGACUCUAGCUAUGCAACGCAACGGAUGCCGCAAAGCACCCGGGACACCCUUACGCAGAUAUUGGUACGGCUAGAUGGAUUUGUCUAUGCCAGGAUGAGAGAAUUCGCCUUGAACCUGGAGAAACGGAUCCUUUCGCAUGCGCACGAAACACCAUACUCCUUCACACCGGAUGACCUUACCGCCGUGGAAAUGUCACAAAGCAUUUACGAGCUACAUCUGGAUAUAUAUGAUUCGAUUAUCUGCCAGAAGGAAAAGGACCAGGAAGCGGCCGUUCUACAGCAGGAUAGGCUCAACCGAUGGAGGGCCCUUACGCGCGGUUACAUCAGCUACUAUCUUGACCUAUGUGCCGUGGACAAUCGACAGACCGCCAUUGUUCUAAGACAUCUAUGGGCCACAACUUUCCACGAAAAUAUGCUAGACGACCAGGAUAGGGAGUAUGUUUUGGCAUGCCUCGGUGAUAUUCGACGCGCUCUAGUAUCGUUGGGGGACCCGGUUAUUACACUGGCAAAUAAUACCACCAUGCCAGAGAUAUCUACAACUGCAAUUGACCAAGAGGUUUCUCGCCUUAAGGCCAUGAGCUUCUUCACGGACAUAUUUGGCUCCGGAAAAGAUGACCCCGUGCAUCUGAUUGAAACUAUAGAGCCGGUCCUGGACCCGUCUGCAGUUAGGUAUACCGACGAAAACGGCAACGUAUCUGAAAAUAUCGAGCCUUCAACAACCGUGCAGAAUUUGAUAGAGUUCCUUAACCAAGGUGAUGCGACUCUCAAGUUGUUUCUCUGGCGCCGUCUUCGCGAGGCAUAUGAUUCCAUCGACUAUCCUACGAAAGUCGUCUCUUGCCACUUCCGGGCCCUGGAGACCGCUGUCCAGGAGCUGGGUCGCCCAGUUCGCAUGGAUUUUCCUGUAAAUGAAAGGCGAUCUAGCCUGCUGAAGUGGCUAAAACUAGCGGAUGAUAUACUUACCAGUGUCAUGAGGAGGGUGGUUAACAACUCGGAGGUUUCUUUCGAGUGUUUCGACUGGGCCCACCUGCAAAUGUCCAUGUCUUCCCUUGCUCGUCUUUCGAGGAUCCUUCAAUCUUUCGCUUUUUAUGAGGAUGGGGUUCGUGUUGGCCAAAUAACGCCGGCUGACGUUCGCCCUGCUUCAACUGCAAAGUCCCUGGAACAGUUCAAAGAAAAGUUACGCGGCUUAUUUGUGAAGAUAUGGAUGGUGCAGUAUGCACUUUUAAGAGAAGGUAUUGGUCAGAACAAAGACUUGUUUGAUACCCCCUUGGAUGACCGCAUACACUUCUUACGGUCUGUUCACAACGCGCUCGGGCUUCGGUCAUAUUGCAAAUACCCGAAGAAUCUAUUUGUUAAACUCAUGAGGGAUGAGCUCUUGACAUUAGAAACUGAUGACGUCUACGAAGAUGACCUUGCGCAAGUGCUGUACGACUUAUACAAGUUCAAAUUCUCACCUCAUCUGGAUGUUUCGUUUGAACAUGGCUGUCCAUAUGAGCCUCUCGAUCAAGAAAUAGCCCUGAAGUUAGUUGACUUUACUAUUUCUCAGACGAAGCGGAUGGAUAUCAAAGAUUAUUUGAAAUCGGAUCUAAAAACGACUGUCGACGCGCUGCAAAGGCAAAUAGGACUGACGGGCAAGUCAGAGGUUUCCACUCCUCUCAACAAGAGAAUCCUGUCUAGAUUCUUGAAAACCCCAAUAAACCCCCUGGAUCUUUUCCGUUGUGUACAAGGUAUCACUGGACUGUCUAUGAUCCCCGUAUAUUCCAGGAGUGCCGAACUUGCUGAUAAAGGCUGGUUCACCUUCCUGGGUUCCGCGGCGCUCGCCAAGUUUCGGUCUUUGAAGAAAAUAGGUCCCACUCCAACAGAUGACCUAGAUCUCGCUGCUACUCUAUUCCGCCAUGAUCUAGAACAUGGAAAGGAUCGGUGGGAAACAUGGUAUCAACUUGCUCAAGUAUAUGAUCUAAGACUUGAAGAGGACGUCGCUUGGUCUGCAGAAAAGCUCAACAAUGACAGAGAGGAUCUUGCAACUAUAGAGCGCAGAGCUAUUCACGCAUAUUCUAUGGCUGUUGCAACUGCAGUCCAAACGGGUGAUUUGAAGCCCAGCGAAAAGAAGCAAGUUUCUGAGCUAUAUGCGGAGUUUGGCCUUCGAAUCUACGCAUCUACAAGAGAGCCGUUAUCAAUGGGUGCAUUCGAUGUAUCUCCAUUCAUGAGACACUUCAGCAGUGAUGCAGAUCAAAGGAUGUACGAGGGAAAGCCGUUCAGUGCUAUGAAGCCGUUUUCUGCAUGGUACUUUGCGAGCUUUCUCUUCCACAAAGCAACUAAGGAAAAUCCGAUGAACUGGAGUAAUGACCCGCUCAAGGAACGAUACAAAACCAUCGAACCGUCGGAUAUCCUGGACUCUUUGACAGACGCCAUUGAUGCUCUCCCGAAAAAGAAAGAUGGUCGAGCGUCAGAGCCGAUUCUGGAACCCCAUUUCAAACUUGUUUCAAUCACACAUAAACUUGUGCGACGAGGUGAUCUCGAUCCGAAGGAAGCUAGCGAAAAACUACUUGCUACCCCGUGGGCUAAAGGGUUAUCACCAGCUACAGACUUGGAAUCCUGGAAACCAUUCAUCCUGGGGGUUCUUAAACAGCUUCAAAAUGCUGAUAAGUCCAAUUGGCAUCAUCGUAUUGUUUUAAGGGCUGCCCAUAUAAUUUACGAUGACUCGAAAGACAAAGAGGCCGCAAUUGCGGCAAAAAACGACCUUACCCAGCAUAUCUUCACGAAGACUAUGACCGUACAAGUCUGGCGGCCAGAAAACGAGAGAGCCGGAAGACAUUUCGUCUAUACUACCCGAUAUGUUUACUUUUUCGUACAGCUUCUGGAUCAGCUUGAUGAUCGUGCAAACCUGGACAUGUUAGUCCGUCGCGUGAGACGAAAAGUCAAUGAUUAUUUGAACUUUCCCAAGCUCUGGGAGGAUACAUGCAUUACGUAUAUAAAGUUGCUUCGACGUAUAGGUAACAUACCAGAGGGAAAGGAAGACGCCGUCUUCAAGGGUGUUAGUCUCGAUGACUUUACUCUCUACUCUGGCCGUUUGGAUGCCUGGUGUCAAAAUCCAGCUAAAGAAGAGAUACCGACGAUUGAACUGUUGCGAGAUGCCGUGGAGCUGAAGAAGUUGAACGGAACCGUUAUCAAGUCAGGAAUGUUUGACGAUCUCGUUGCUGAUAUAUAUGCCCAGCUAUAUGAGAAAACGCUGCCACAGUUUGUCGAGCAAGUUGCUGGAGAGGAAAAUCGGGAGCGAAUGAAGGUAGACCACUUGCUUAUGGCGGGUGAUUCUGGUGAUGGGGCAGAAACACCUCCAGCCACGACUUCUGCCCAAGCACCAGCGUCUAGACCUCGGGCAAAGGGGGUGACUAGAAAAGAAGUGCAGAAAAAGGCUGAUGCUAUUGCUGCCAAAGCCCCACGCCCUGCACCUAAACCUGCAAAGGCUGUUGAGGACGAGGCCAAGCAAACCCAGGCAGAGCGUCAGACGGAGGAGGAGCAAACCGACAACGGUCCUGCUGCCGAAGCUGCUCUUGAUGAAAACAAGGAGGAGAAAGGUAAAGAAGACGCCAACGCAGAUGAUAAGGAUGAGAAUGACGGAGUAGAAAAAGAGGAUGAAAACAACGAGGAAGAAAAGGAGGAAGAAAAUAACGAAGAAGAGGAGAGGGAAGGGGAAGAUAAUGAAGAAGACGAAAAAGAAGGUGAAGAUAACGAGGAGGAGAAGGAAGACAACCCUGAGGAAGAGGAUAAAGAGGGAGAAAACAUUGAGGAUAAGGAAGCGUCUGGUCCUGAUCCCAGCAUACAUGAUACCACGGAAGAAGAGAGUGGGCUCAGUGAACUUGAGACUGAAGCAGGCUCAGGGGACACUUUAAAGCCGUCCAGUCCUAUAUUCCAGCACCUCCUCAGGGCCCGCAUGCUCUCCCCAAAAGCAGGGUCAGAGUUAUCAACUGUCACCAGCGGUGAAGGUGGGGACAAUGAUUCGAUCCCCGCUCCAUCUAUACAUGAUACCAAGAUGGAGAUAGACGGGGAGGCGGAGGCUGGAGAUGAUGGAUCUGACACAGAGGAGUUACCAGAAGAUUGA